ACAAAUGGAGCUAUUGUUGAUGACGACGAUGUAGCAACAACACCAGAAACUAGUACCCAAGUCAUUGAGCCACCUCCAGGUCUCAUCAGCAAUGAUAUCGAGCGUACGGCGCGUUACAUUUCCAAAAUGGGGUUGGUCGUUGAGAUGUUUCUGAUGCGAGCUCGAGCAAAUAACCCAAGAUACAACUUUAUGUGGAGGUCUGAUCCCUUUCACUCGUUUUACCAGCAGAAGCUUACCGAAUACCUUUCUCAGUCUUAGCAUGGUGAUGCUGCUGCUUGCCAGCAGAUGCUUACUGAUCUACAAGAAGAGGGAGCUAAUCAGGAUAAUGCUCUUGCUGCUCUACCCCAUCUUGCUCACCCUCCACCCAUUCAUCUGCCAGAUGGUCUUGAGUUUAGACGUCCCAAGGGGAUGAAUGGCAAGGAGUUUAAAACUAUGAAGCUCACAGCGCAGUUUGGCGCUUGGUAUGGUAACGAUUUCUGGCUUGGGUUCAAGAACAGAGCUGGGUUUGAGUUUACGAAUCCAACUCAUAGCAACUUCCCACGUUUCACUCGGUUUGUUCUCGAGUAUUCACAAGUACUAAAACCCCCUCAAGAUUUGAAAGAAAAGGUGAGCAAGAAUGACACCUAUUUGGCAGCCAUUCAUGACGGUUUCUUCCGUCUUCUUCAGUCUGAUUUUCUCCAAGAGAUGGAAUGGCGGCUUGGAGGGGUGGUGUCUAUGACUGAUUGGCAUUCUUCUCUCGACAAAGAUUUUCCUAACGACAAGGAAGAGCUGCCACCACCACCACCAGGAACUGGAACUGGAAUGUCUUCUCCUCUGGAACCAGAGCCAAAUACACAAAAGAUUGACGAGCCUGCAGGCCUUGUUCCAGAAGAGCAGUUUCUUGCUCAACACCUGGGUUGGUGUACCAUCAGGGUUUCUGUUACCGAUAUCGAUGGUUGUGAGCUACUGGUCAUUGAGAAAACAGUGCAGUCGUUAUCGGAAAACGUGGCGAGUUUCAAGGAGAAAAUAGCUGAGGAGAUGGGAAUCCCACCAGAGAGACAGGUAUUAUACUGUAAAGCCGGGUUGUUAGAGGAGAACAACAAGUCACUUGCACAUUACAAUGUGGGAGCAGGAGAGAUCCUAACUCUGUCCUUGUGUGCGUGUGGGAGACGGGGAGAUAUGAACAAGGCUUGUCGAUGCAUGGAAAUGCUCGCUGAGGCGUUAAUGUUGUCCUUGCAGAAGUAUGAUCUCCAAAAUAAUUAGUGUCUUUUAAUUCUAGCUUAAUUAAAUUGAUGAUUGGUUUGUUCGUUUUGGCUCUGUAAAAGACGUCGUUACUUAACUUUCUUAUGUGUGAUACUGAUGGUCAUUUUUAGUUUCUCCUCCAUGUAAGCUACUUAACUAAUUAUCUC